UCUCUGUUUUCCCUCUUAACCUACAAGUAGUACUCCUCCUCCAUCCUUUCCCCCGCUUCCAUUUCUCAUCCCCCUCCUCUUUGCUCCUUUCACUCAGUCCCAUCACUGACCCAAUUAAGCAUGGGGAGGGACACAGCGGGAGGAGAGUGAUGGAGGUAAGGCGAGGAAGAGAGGGAGGACAGGCGAAGAGUAGAGAGAGUUUGAAAGUCAGUCGCUGGAAAACAAGAGAGUGAGAAAACAAUUGCUGCCAACCUGCCAGGAUACACACAGUGAAUUGUCCGAACUUCACCUGGAACUUAAACAACCUUUGACAGCCACAGAGGAGGUGGGGGUGGAGCGGCAAGUCGACAUUCCUGCUGCCUCGCACUUAGUGCUCUCGAAGAAGAAGAAGAAGAAGAAGAAACGAGGAGAAUAAUAAUCUGCCUCCAGUGAGUGAGGCAGGUGGGGAGCCGUGCGGAGUUAGGAUGGCCGAACAUCGGCAUUUAGACGGAGACUGAGAGGAGAGGCUGAAGAGACGAAGGCUGCCGGCUGGAAGCUGUUGGGGAGGAACGCAGCCGUACCCCAGGGCUGGAGAAAGAUUUUUGUUGACAGGGAGAGGAAGGGGGGGUAAAGGAUGCAUCUGUUCUCCCAAGACAAGUGGGAGGUGGAGGGGCUGCAGACUGUGGGCAUCCUCCUGGUGGUCUGCAGCUCCCUCAAACUGAUGCACUUUCUGGGGCUUAUCGACAUUUCUGUGACAGACAGCGUGGAAGAUGACUUUGAGUUGUCCACCGUGUGCCAUCGCCCUGAAAGCAUGGACAAGCUGCAGGAGCAGACUAAGUUCACCAAGAAGGAGCUGCAAGUUCUCUACAGGGGUUUCAAAAAUGAAUGUCCGAGUGGUGUGGUGAAUGAGGAGAACUUUAAGAAUAUUUAUUCCCAGUUCUUUCCUCAAGGAGAUUCAAGUAUGUACGCACAUUUCCUGUUUGAAGCCUUCGACACUAACAAGAACGGCUCGGUUAGUUUCGAGGAUUUUGUAUUUGGUCUGUCCAUCAUCCUGAGAGGGACCAUAAAUGACCGGCUAAACUGGGCAUUCAACCUCUACGACCUGAAUAAAGACGGCUGCAUCACCAAAGAGGAAAUGCUAGACAUCAUGAGGUCCAUCUACGACAUGAUGGGGAAGUACACAUAUCCCACGAUGCAGGACGACGCCCCGAGAGAACACGUCGAGAGCUUCUUCCAGAAAAUGGACCGAAAUAAAGACGGAGUGGUCACCGUGGAGGAGUUCAUUGAGUCAUGCAAAAAGGAUGAAAACAUCAUGCAGUCCAUGCAGCUGUUUGACAACGUCAUCUAAGAUGCCGGGGAACGAGGACACUGGCACCAGGAAAGGGAGUGUGUGUGUCUUCAGGACUGAGGAGAGAGUCGGUGGAUGUGUGCGAGUAUGAGUGUGUGUGUUGGGCCGUCUCCAGGCUCGCGAGGUUGCGCUUGUGUCUCUGCUGAGAGCUGUGAGUCCUGAGGCCGCAGAGAGACCCUCUCCCUCCUCCUGGACCCACAGUGGUAAUUUCUCCAAGCAGCUGUGGAGUUUCCCCAACUCUGAUCCUCAUCAUGCAGAACCUUAGUUUUUAUCCCAGAGACACAGUGAAGGAAGGAGUGUGCUCACAGCCUCUGGCACACCACCACUUUUAUUUAUUGCUAUCACUGAUGGAGGAACUAUCACAGCUUAUACAGGUGGAACUCGGAGGGAGGAAGCUGCCCCUACACCAUGAUUUAGAUCACUCUUUUGGAUUUGUGAAUCAGGUCCUGCCGCUGCGUGUUUAGGCAACACCUCCCUGGUGCGGUUAAGACAGCAGGUGCCCCGGCCACAAAAAUAGAAAUGAAUCUAUGGCCACCUGCUGGAUGAGAGAGGGAAAGACACUUCCCGAAGGAGCAACUGGCAAACUGGAGAGAGAGCGAUGCGGAGCUACAGAUGGAGGUUCAAAUGUGUUGUUUUCCAUGAGGAACUGAUUUCAAUAUCGCAUGAUGAUGUCACUAAUAUCCAAUUAUGUAUUUACAGAGAUACUCCAAAGUCUGCUCGUUUGUCUGCUGUUCCUAGUCAUUCACAGGUGCCUCACCCUCUACGUACGUGUGCAUGUGUAACAGGAAGCGAUGUCAUCUAUCUUACCUCUGUAAGAUUCCAGUGGGACGAUGCCCACCUCCAUUCAUGGGAUUCUGGUAGAAUAAUUCCCGGCCUUCCAAACUAUUACAGUCCUAGCGGUAGUCGUCUGUUGACUGUUGUGCAUUUUCUAGUAUUCCCGGUGAUGUGGUAUUAGGCAGUACAACGCAGUGGUUGCACUAUAAUUGGUUAGUUGGUUUGGCCACCCCAGUUCCUCUCAACAUGGGACUGGCAUGCCACCGUUGUACUAGCUUAUCAAUACACAUUUGAGGUGAAUUUCUUAGAUUGCAGAUUGUAUUUGUGAACUUCUUGUAAUCGGAAAUGUCAUGUGGUUGUAGCAGGUUCUACCACUUCUAAAAAAAAUAGAAAAAACAUAUAUAUCUAUCUAUCUAUCUGAAAACCCUUGUCGCUUUAAAUUAGGCUGAUUCAAUUUCAAAGAGGCAUAGAGUGUUUGUGUGUAUCGUCAGUGAGAAACAUGAUUUUUUGUUUUAAGAGCAUCUUUCUUCAUGCCCCCACAUUAAUUCUAUUUUCUCCCUCUCUCUAAAACACCAAAGAGAAGAUAUGAAGAGGUAUACACAGUGACUCUAAGUUAAGACAUACAGCCCACCAGUGGGUGGAGAGAGGGGGAGAUACUGUGUAGUGAGUUGGACAAGGGGCAAUCAGAGAUUAAAGGAUGUACUCGGUCUGGACAGAAGCAUAAUUUUUGAUUUCUUGACCCCACACAUUAGGCUCUGGUGAUGAAUUUCUUUUCGUAUUUAUUUUAUUUUUUAAAUUCCGCAAUCAAAUCGUGUGUAGUGCAGAAGGACUAACAAGGAAUAGCAAUAAUGUUCUCGACCACAGUACCUUUCCAGUCACCCGACCUCUCAGAGCACAGGAUAAGGGGCACUACCACCCUGAUGAAAAUAUGCACUUCCCACCCUGCAAUUUUAUUUCUUUCUACUUUCUGGGAAAAGGUGUUUGGGCUCUGAUUGUUCCUUCCAACAUAUUCAAGUUAUUUUCCCCUGAACCAAGAGUAAAACCUGUCUAUACCCGCAUGUACUGUGUCUAGAGCAAUGAACGUACUAACCCGUUGUACUGACUGUCUAGUAAACUAGCCUCAACCGGUUGCAUUAUUCAAAAUGUGUAUAUUUUGUACAGAGAUAAUAAAAAUCACAGUUACUAUGCAAAA